AGGGGAGCCGAGCCUCCGCCGCAGCCUCCUCGUCGUCCUCGUCCACGAUGAGGCGGCGGUCUCGGCUGCUGCUGUGCUUCGCGGUGCUCUGGGCGCUGGGCAUCGCCUACUACGUCUACUCGGGGGGCAGCGCCGCGCUGGCCGGGGCGGGGGCCGGAGCGGGGGCCGGAGGGGCGGAGGACUGGAAUGAAAUUGACCCAGUUAAAAAGAAAGAUGCGCACGGCGCCAACGGGGAAGACAAGGCACAGAGCGUGGAGACCCUCCCUCCGGGGAAAGUCCGGUGGCAGGACUUCAACCAGGAAGCUUACGUUGGAGUCACCAUGGUCCGAUCGGGACAGGAUCCUUAUGCCCGGAACAAAUUCAACCAGGUGGAGAGUGACAAACUGCGCAUGGACAGGGCCGUCCCAGACACGCGCCAUGACCAGUGCCAGAGGAAGCAGUGGCGGGUAGACCUGCCGGCCACGAGCGUGGUCAUCACGUUCCACAACGAGGCCCGGUCGGCGCUGCUGCGCACGGUGGCCAGCGUCCUGAAGAAAAGCCCGCCCCACCUGGUCAAGGAGAUCAUCUUGGUGGACGACUACAGUAACGAUCCCGAGGACGGCGCUCUCUUGGGGAAGAUCGAGAAAGUGCGGGUUCUCCGGAACGACCGUCGGGAAGGUUUGAUGCGUUCUCGGGUGAGGGGGGCAGAUGCGGCCCAGGCCAGAGUCCUCACGUUCCUGGACAGUCACUGCGAGUGCAACGAGCACUGGCUGGAGCCCCUCCUGGAGAGAGUAGCCGAGGACAAGACCCGUGUGGUGUCUCCUAUCAUCGACGUGAUUAACAUGGACAACUUCCAAUACGUGGGAGCGUCCGCUGACCUGAAAGGAGGUUUUGAUUGGAAUUUGGUCUUCAAAUGGGAUUACAUGACCCCGGAGCAGCGCCGCGCCCGGCAGGGCAAUCCGGUGGCCCCCAUAAAGACCCCCAUGAUCGCCGGCGGGCUGUUUGUGAUGGACAAGUCGUACUUUGAGGAACUGGGGAAAUACGACAUGAUGAUGGACGUGUGGGGUGGCGAAAACCUAGAGAUCUCCUUUCGGGUGUGGCAGUGCGGCGGGAGCCUCGAGAUCGUCCCCUGCAGCCGUGUGGGCCACGUCUUCCGCAAGCAGCACCCUUACACCUUCCCCGGGGGCAGCGGCACCGUGUUCGCCAGAAACACGCGCAGAGCCGCAGAGGUGUGGAUGGACGAGUACAAAAACUUCUACUACGCAGCCGUGCCAUCUGCCAGGAAUGUCCCCUACGGCAACAUUCAGAGCCGCCUGGAGCUGAGGAAGAGACUUAGCUGCAAACCCUUCAAAUGGUACCUGGAAAACGUCUACCCCGAACUGAGGGUCCCAGACCACCAGGACAUCGCGUUCGGGGCCUUGCAGCAGGGCACCAACUGCCUGGACACGCUAGGCCACUUCGCCGACGGCGUGGUGGGUGUGUACGAGUGCCACAACGCUGGCGGGAACCAGGAGUGGGCCUUGACGAAGGACCGCUCAGUCAAGCACAUGGACCUGUGCCUCACCGUGGUGGAGCGGACGCCCGGCGCCCUCGUGAAGCUGCAGGGCUGCAGGGAGAACGACAGCCGGCAGAAGUGGGAGCAGAUCGAGGGCAACUCGAAGCUGCGCUACGUGGGCAGUAACCUGUGCCUGGACAGCCGCAACGCACGGAGCGGGGGCCUGGGCGUCGAGGUGUGCGGCCCCGCCCUGUCCCAGCAGUGGAAAUUCACGCUCAACCUGCAGCCCUAGGCCUCGGCCCCGGGCCGGGGCCCCGGCCCCUCCCGUCCCCGGGAUGGCCGCCCUCCGUCUGCUCCCGAGUUCCGGACCCCGCUCCCAGACGGCCCCCGGCAAGGGGAGGCCCGGCGGGCCGGGAACGCUGCCGCUGCCUCCGUCUCGCCGGCCGCCGGCCCCGCGCCGGGGGCUCCUCCCGACCGGCUGGGACCCGCCUUCGGCGGGUGGAGUCGGGAGGCGGUGUGGCGGCGUGGGAGGGGCGGCGACGGCACGGGAGGCUGCCCGAGUCUCCCCUUCCCCCCUUGGGGUCGCCGGUGAUGGUUUCCACGAACGGAAGGGCCACGCUGAACUGCGCAACGGGGACCGUGCACGGCCGAUCAGACGCCCGGCCUCCUCGGGCCUCGCGGGGCCCGUGGACAGAGCACAGACACCGCCCGGGCCGCUCCGGGACGGAGGGGCGGGGACGGUGCCGGGGGCCGGACCCCCUGCAGGGUACCGUCCGCCCUGCCGAGGUCUGGCCCCUUCCCGCCCAUCCCAGCGGGGAGCGCUGUGCGCGUGGCCGGACCUUCAGCCCGCUCCCGCUCCCGAGCUCCGGACCGAUCCCCCAGUCCGGCGGCGGGGCUCCCCGCCUCUCUGUUUCCUUCUGCGUCCAUCUGGCCCGCUCCCCGGACCCCGCCGGCCUCCGCUGGGGGCAGGAGAGGGAUCUGGGCUGCGGCGGGGCCGGACCCCGGCCCGGGGGGAGCCCGGCCGGCGGCGGGGUGGCCGUGACCCGCCUUCCGCCUCCGCGGACCAAGUCGCAGGGGCAGCCCCGGCCCGGGGACAGGGCGCCGGGCCCCUGACUCGGACCUUCCCCCCAUCCCCACGUCUCGUAUGGCUUCUUCCGGGGGUUGGUUUAUUUUUCCUAAAGAAACUCAAGGACGGAGAAUCAGACCAGCAAAUGCUGUUACCCGGGGACGGGACGGGGAUUGGAGGGUGUCUCUGUUUGGAAAGGAAGAGUGAUCCAGUUGGGCGUGUGUGUGUGUGCGUGUGCGCACACGUGUACCUGUGUGCCUCUUGUGCAUCUGCACACGUGCUGUCUGCAUGUGUGCUUGUGUCUGCAUGUACGUACCUGUGUAUGUGUGCGUCUGAGUGUGUGCGCGUGUGUGCGUGCACGCACGCGGGCGCCUGCACGGUCUGUGUGCACGUGAGUUCCCAGAGCUUUUGCUUUUGGCAAAGGCUCGACUGUGGGGUAAGGCACGUGUCUUGGGCCAGAUGGGGAGCGACGGGCAGUCGUGCUCCUCGAUGCCUGGCCGGGGGCCACUGUCCCUCCCUCGACUCCCCCUGCCCUUUCUCCCCGUGCCCACCCCUUGCCCCCACACCUGCCUACCGUUCGCGUAGCGGGACUUCCGUCUGGCACGCCCCCCUCGCCCCGAGCACACGUUGGCUUUCGGCCCACGGCCCGCCCCCGCCCCCUCGCUGGAGGUCCAGAAUUAGUGGAAGUUGAAAUUGGCUGACCGAGGGGUGGUGGUGUGUGUGCGUGGGGGCCGUGUCCCCGGGGCACGUGUGGCGUGUGUAUGUACGUGUGUAUGUGUAGUGUUCUGGGCCACUGGAAGGGCUCCCUCUGCUCCGGGCGGGGGAGUGGAUGGGGCCAUUCCACCUCUGUGCGGCUGGCUUUAGAUUGGAGGGUUAGAACCCGAGGCAGCUCCUCUGGGCACCGGGGCCUGCUGUUUCGGCCUCCGUGAGCAGCGGGGAAGAGGAGAUGAUUUUCCAGGCCCCGGCUUCCCCCUCGGGGGCAACCUUUGGUUUGUCUUCCUGCCUCCGGUCACCGCCGGCGAGGGCCGAGCGUCCCUCAGCCGGCACCGGUCUCAACAAGCCAGGGGCCGGGAGGGGGAGACCCGGACUCGGUGCUUUCGGGCCUCGGUGUGCCAAAGUUCCUCCCGGGGCCGCCCGUCCGGAUCCCAGCCCCCCCCCCCCCCCCGGGGCGGCGGAGUACGUGGCACGGGGACGUCGGCUCGCUCGCCAUCCGAGUCCCCCGGUUCUCCUUUCCCGGCGGGUUUUUAAAGAACUGGGGCCAGAGCCUGCGCUCGCCCCUUUUGUAGACGGAAACCUACCGCGCCGUUUAACUUAAAUAAAGAACGAUCCUUUCUA